UGUUGUGGACUGGUCGGCCGGAGAACGGGAAGACGGAGACGCGUUUUGUUUUUGUUCAACUAAACCGUCGAAAAGGAGCCGAGUCGUCGCUUCUGUCGUCCGUUUCGGUUCGCUAAGAGCCUUAGCUCGGUGAUUAGAGCCAAACGGCCGGGCCGGAGGGCGAAUACACCGAGACAUUUGAUCUAGAAAGGGAGGACUCUUCACCCUCUGACCCCCUCCCUGCCUCCCUCACACGCUCACCACCAUGACGAUUCUCCCGAAGAAGAAGCCCAGCUCGGGGGUCGGCGUUUCGGACCACGCCGAUGACAGCGAUCGUCGGAGCGGCUCCGACCCGCACCAACACCCGCACCCACACGCAGGGAGGACCGGAGCUCGGCCGAGGGCUUCACCUCCGCCGUGGUCCUACCAGCCCGCUCCGCCCUCCGCCAGGGACGACAGGCGGAGCAUCGAGGCGAGCUCCCGGCCGCAGCAGGCCUCUCCGCCGCCCGUCGGCUCGGUGUCCCCCGUAGGACCAGGAGACGGUCGGGACAGCAGCGGCGGGAUGGUGGCCGGGACGCGCGGGGAGCUCGUCGUGUCGGCCGGCGUCGUCGGAUGCGGUGGAGGCAUCGGCAGCUGCUGCUCUGGGCCCGGACUGAGCAAGAGACGGCGGCAGGCAGGCACCUGCUCCGGUGGGGUGGUGGCGGCUCUGGCCGGCGGAGGCCAACCCGGGGUAACCGGACCGGGAGUAGUGGGGUCCAGCCAGGACACGGAGGAAGGAGCCGGGAACAACAGCGAGGACGAGUAUGAGAACGCCGCCCGGCUGCAGUCCAUGGACCCGGCUACCGUUGAGCAGCAGGAGCACUGGUUUGAAAAAGCUCUGAGGGAGAAGAAAGGCUUUGUCAUCAAGAAGAUGAAGGAGGACGGAGCGUGUCUGUUCAGAGCCGUGGCUGAUCAGGUGUAUGGAGAUCAAGAUAUGCAUGAAGUGGUCAGGAAACACUGUAUGGAUUACCUGAUGAAGAACGCCGACUAUUUCUCCAACUACGUGACAGAGGACUUUACCACAUACAUCAACAGGAAGAGGAAAAACAAUUGCCAUGGCAACCACAUCGAGAUGCAGGCCAUGGCUGAGAUGUACAACAGACCGGUGGAGGUGUACCAGUACAGCACAGAGCCAAUCAACACGUUCCAUGGCAUCCACCAGAACAACGACGAGCCAAUCAGAGUGAGCUACCACCGCAACAUCCACUAUAACUCUGUGGUGAACCCCAACAAGGCCACGAUCGGUGUGGGACUGGGACUGCCCGCCUUCAAACCAGGGUACGCAGAGCAGUCUCUGAUGAAAUCGGCCAUCAAGACGUCAGAGGAGUCGUGGAUCGAGCAGCAGAUGUUGGAGGACAAGAAGAGAGCGACGGACUGGGAGGCCACCAACGAGGCCAUCGAGGAGCAGGUGGCCCGGGAGUCUUACCUGCAGUGGCUGCAGGACCAGGAGAAACAGGCCAGACAGCCCCGUAAGGCAAGUGCCACCUGCAGCUCGGCGACGGCAGCAGCUUCCAGUGGGUUGGAUGACUGGAGCGCCCGGUCGCCACGGCAACGCGACUCAGACCCCUCCCACUCCGACCUCACAACCACCCCAUCGACCAACAACAAGCCCCCCUCCCCCGCUGGAGCCGCCCUCAUCCUGAGCAAACCCCCCUCUCCCUGCGCGCCAGGUCCCAGUAAUCAGAGUCGUCAUCAUUUGGAGUACAGAGCCAUCAUGCAGGAGAUGUCACCUACAGCAUUUGGUCUGACAGACUGGGAGGACGAUGAGAUCCUGGCAUCAGUGCUGGCCGUCUCUCAGCAGGAGUACCUGGACAGCAUCAAACACCAGAGUGCCGCAAUGCACCGAGAGAGAGAGCCGUCACCUGACAGCAGCUGAUAACCAGCCGACAGACGACACACAAACACACACACCGACACAACCAUGACCUUUGACCCCUGCCCUCCACCAUCCUGACCCCUCCACCCCCUCACCUCUGACCCACAGAAGGAGAUCGACCAGGGAAAAAAUAAAACAUCAAAGAAAUGCACACUUGUUUUUUUUUUUUUUUUUUUUUUUUCAACUCAUCUUCUCAUCUCUCUCCGUUCUGUCGGCUCCUCUUCCCUUCUUCCCUGUUUCCUUUCAUUUCCUCCUCCCCUUUCUCUCAUAAUGCCCUGCUUCCAGCCAAUAGUGAUCCAGCAUUACCAAACAACCCCCACUUUUCAUUUUCCAGAGGGAGCUCGGUCUUGCUGCUGAUUUGGGAUCAGUUCUGACAUUUAAACAUCACAUUUGGCAGCUUUCAACUUCAUCGGUUUAAAUUUUUAUCUUUUGUUUAGUUUUCAGAAUUACACCGAUGACUCUUUUUAUAGCAGGAUAUUAGCUCUGCGGCUAUCAGGCCAUUGGUUUCAAUGACGAAUGCUAAUCAGAACUGAAAAAGACAACCACUCUACAGGUACUGUUUAUUGGUGUCCUGUAUGAUAAAAUAGCAUAAAGUGUAAGUCUAGUCCCCGCUAAUGCCGCCAACAAGCCACAUUGCUGUUAGCUUAGUUGCUGAUAGCAACAAUUUUUGCCACAAUUUGUACUCCUCGUCGCGUCCGUUGGCAGCCAUUUUGUGUGAUGAAUGCUAAUCCCGCUAAUCAGAAGUGAAAAAGACGACCUCUCCACAGGUACUCCAAGCUAUCACCUGAAGUCUUACUGUGUUUAAAGCUAGUUUCCUCUCAUAUAGCUAACAAGCGCCAUUGCUGUUAGAUUAACUAUCAAUAUCUUCAUUUUUCCCCACUCAUUCUUACUCGUCUCAUAAUUCUCACUGGCAGCCACUUUGUGUGGGGAAUGCUAAUCAGAAUUCUAAAAUGCUAAUCCUGUAGGCUAAGUUAGCUCACUCUUUAGUAGGAAAACAAUCACCCAAAGUCUUACUAUGAGGUAAAGUUAGUUCCUACUAACACUGCUAACUAGCUACAUUGCAGUUAGCUGCCAAUAGCAAAAUUGUGAGGAACGCUAAUCCCGCUAAUCAGAACUGAAAUUUAUGGAAAAGUUAUACUAAAGCAUCUUUAUCAGUGUCCUGUAGGCAACAUUAGCAUGCUUCUCAACAAGCUAGCUAUCGCCUGAAGUCUUACUGUGUUUAGCUAGUGCUAACUCUUGCUAACAUAGCCUCGAUUGGUUGUCCUGUUAAUUCUGAUUACUCACACACACAAAAGGAGUAGUAGUAGUUGCUACAAGAGGAUUGAGAAUUACUGGUAAACAGUUUUGCUAUUGACAGCUAAGCUAACAGCAGAACAGCUUGUUAGCGGUGUUAGCAUUCUUUAACUUAGUCUACAGCACCCAUAGUGUUACUUUUCAAGCUUAGCUGCCGUGAGCAAUAUUGUUUCCUGCUCAUUCUCAAUCCUCUAGUAGCUCACACUGGCAGCCAUUUUGUGAGGAAUGCUAAUCAGAAAUGAAGAAGGCAACCCGCCUGUGGCGUAUACGUUAUGUUAGCAUGCUCUUUAUUGAGCAGGCUAUCGCCUCAAGUCUUAUGUUUUAAAGCAGUAUCCUUUGGUUUCUAGGUUUCUAACACUGCUAACAAGCUGCAUUACAGUUAGCUUAGCUGCCAAAAGCAAAAUCAUUGUCACAGCUCCAUUGGCAGCCAUGUUGUGCGACCAACACAUAUUUACUUUCCAUCGUUGUCUGAGAAAUAAAACAGCCAGCAGUGACUUCAUGGUCUGUAACACCUCCUCCCUCUUUCUCCUUUUUGUCUUUCUUCUCCUCUUCCUCCACCAUGACCUCCAUCCUCAUCAUCAUCAUUGGACUUAUUUAGCUGCAUGUUUAAUUGACCACGACCAAUAUCAUCAUAGAGAAAAAGCGACAAAUAGAAAAGGAGAGAAAAAAAGAGAAUUGUCAUACUUAUCCCCUUAAUGAUUGAUUAUUAUUGUUGUUAUUAUUAAUAAUAUAAGU